AUGAUGCAUAACGAAGCCAAAAGUGCAAGCAAGUCCUCUCUCAACCAGGUCCUCUAUGAGGUGACUAGCGAGAAAAUCAUGGAGCUUCAAAGACAAAAGGAUGUCUUGAGCCGCCAUUACAGUGAUGUACUGAAAACUGCAGAUGCUAGUGACGACUUGAUUCAAGAGAUUGAAAUACUGUAUCAAGGUAUCAAGGAGGCUCCAGUUCAACACAAACAAAAUUUGAAUAUGGAGAGUGCUCGACUCUUCAUUGGGAGCGUAGCUAAGGAUCCAUCUACUAGUGAACAACUCUUACGCCAUUGGAUUGCCAGUUUUCGAAAAGAGAUACAAUACUCGACCUGCAAAUGUACAUACACAUACAUGUAUGGAAAGCGUUUACGCGAUGAAUUAUCUGAAGCUGAAACCUCUGCUCUAGAUGAUGAGUUUCAUGCAGUGUCAAAAAAAAGGAAGGAGCAGAUAACAGAGCGUGAAAAGACAAUCAAGGAACUUGAAAAGCGUGUGUUUGAAGCUGGACAAAUCAAUUCGGACGCUUUCAAGGCUUUUCUGGACAAGACUUUGGACAUGGGAGAAGUGAAGAUCAAGAAAGUGCUGGAUACUGCAAGAAUGAACACUGGGUUGUUCUGUAAGAAGCUGCUUGAAGACGACAUUACUGUGUCUGGGCUGAAAACCUGUGUGGAAGGAUUAUUGGGAUGUGAUUUGCUCAACGCCGAGAAGCAAACUACUUUAAGGCAGUUGAUGGAAAGCGAGCCGUAUCUUCAAGAUCUUGCGACACUUCUAUCCAGUCGAAUCAAGGCGGUCAAGUACUGGAACUGGCCUGAGAAAGGAGUUCAUGUGGAUGUUCGACGAUCAAUAGCAGGAAGAUAUCGAGCUUUUCUUGAUGAAGACAUUAUUACGGCACUUUUCCUUCAGUAUAUCGGAGCACAAUUUGCAAUUCACAUGAAAGGUGAAUUGAGAAAAAUGUUUAUCAUGAUAUAUGAACCUUUUGCGAACCACACCCGAAAGCUGCCACGUCGAACUAUGAGUAUUGAGGAAUUGCGAUGUAAUAUCCACUUGGAAAGUUUCCUCUCUGUACUUCCUAGCGGGAUGCAAAACCAAGCCCAGUUCUCGUAUGAGGAUAAUGGAAAUUCUAAAAAUACCACUGCGAAUACCAAGAAUUCACUCAUUCAUCUCCUUGCUACAGAAGCUCAACUUCACAAGGUGAUCAAGCCUGACCAGCCAUUUACCGUAGUCCGCACUGACAUGGAAUGGUUCGGACCGUCUAUUGAGCAUGAGUCGAUCAAGAUUGUACUUCAGUUCCUUGGAGUGACUGAUGUAUGGGUUGAUUUUAUGAUGCGGUUCUUGAACGUACCAAUGACGUUCCAAAAGGAUGUGAGUGAGGAUGUCCGCAUCCGGCGAAGAGGAGUACCAAUCUCACACCAGCUGUCUGCUCUAUUUGGUGAAUGUAUCCUAUUCAUGAUGGAAGCGGCUGUCAAGCAUCAAACGGGGAUUCGACUUUACCGUGUUCAUGAUGAUUUCUGGUUCUGGGACUCUCAUCAAGACAAGGUAGUUCAAGCAUGGCGGGUGAUGAACGAGUAUGCCAGCUUGACCAACCUCCGAUUUAAUGCUGAAAAAUCUGGCUCUGCUGUGAUCAAUGGUCAGGAUAAUAGCAUAUUGUUGUCAACUGCGUCGUUUGGACCAUUGCCUUUACCUCAAGCUCGAGUAUGGUGGGGAUUUCUUGUCUUUCGGGAAGAUGGACUUUUUCAAAUUGAUCAUGCUCUGAUUGAGCCUCAUAUUGAAGAGAUGCGACAGAAGUUACAAAGCAGUAAGACGGUACUCAGCUGGGUUAACGUAUAUAACAAGUACAUAUCUUUCUUCAUGCAAGGCUUUGGAUCGUGUGCCAAGGUCCUAGGGACGCAACAUUUAGACCAGAUUGGUAAAUGCAUGCAGAUGAUUCAAAGACGAGUAUUUCAUGAGCAAAACGGCAAUGCUCUUGCUGCGUUGAAGAAGCAGUUUGAGGUUUUCCAAUCUACGGAUAUGCUAGACAUGUGGGCAUACUGGCCACUUCCAGCAGGAGGACUCGGCAUGAAGAACUAUUUGAUGGAUAUUGGAGCCUUAAGAGAGACAUUCAUCAAGGUAGAGCACACUGACUUUACAGAUCUACCCAAGGAAGACAAGGUGCUGUGGGAAGAGCAAGAGAAGAAAAAAGAGGAGAACCGCAAGAACUUGCAAUUAAGUAUCAGGGACUUGCAAGAUCCCUCUAAUGCACGUUAUAACCAAAGGUAUUUCUUAUUACCGCAGACAUUUGUGACGUACUGUAGUGGAAGAGAAACGUUACAUCGACAUUGGAGACUUCGAUUUCUCGUGCUGUUGGAUAUUGUUGACCUUGCACAUCCAGUUGAAUUGAAUGCCAAUGUAAAUACUCAACUGAACAAUCUACAGUUGGGUGAUGUUAACGAUGUUAUUACUGCUAAACGUGUUGUUAGCCAUUAUAACAAUCAGUUAGGCAAGGCUUGUGGAACUUUAGAGUUCUUGGAUAUGGCCCUUAUCCCCAAAAGUUUAGUGCAAACCCUGAACAAAGCCAAGGUACAGUGGGAUGCGUGA